UGUGCUAUUACGUCCCCGAGUCUAAGGGAACGAAUAAGCACAGAAUUAAAAGCAUUCUUCAGCUUGAAUUUUUAAGGGGUGCACUUAGGAACUUGCCAAGCUGAUUUACGAUAACUAAGUUUUAAACUCCAACAACCAGUAAGUCUUCAAAAGGCAGUAAAAUCAGGAGCUGCUGACAUUUCAAUAUGAAAGGCAACUUCACCUUUGCCACCAUCAACAAAAACGUCACCAGCAGUCCUUUCAUCGAAUCUGUGAACAUCUCUGGCAAUGAGUCUACCUAUAACUGCUCGCAUAAGCCGUCAGAUAAGCAUUUAGAUGCGAUUCCUGUUCUCUACUACAUUAUUUUUGCAAUUGGAUUUCUUGUCAAUACAAUUGUGGUUGUACUGUUUUGUUGUCAAAAGGGCCCUAAAAAGGUUUCCAGCAUUUACAUUUUCAACCUGGCUGUGGCUGACUUACUGCUUUUGGCUACUCUUCCUCUCUGGGCAACCUAUUAUUCUUACAGAUAUGACUGGCUCUUUGGACCUGUGAUGUGCAAAGUUUUUGGUUCUUUCCUGACCCUGAACAUGUUUGCAAGCAUUUUUUUUAUAACCUGCAUGAGUGUUGAUAGGUACCAAUCUGUCAUCUAUCCCUUUCUGUCCCAAAGAAGAAAUCCCUGGCAAGCGUCAUACACAGUUCCCCUGGUUUGGUGUCUGGCCUGUCUGUCCUCAUUGCCAACAUUUUAUUUUCGAGAUGUUAGAUCCGUUGAUUAUUUAGGGGUGAAUGCUUGCAUUAUGGCUUUCCCACCAGAGAAAUAUGCCCAAUGGUCAGCUGGGAUUGCCUUAAUGAAAAAUAUCCUUGGUUUCAUUAUCCCUUUGAUAUUCAUAGCAACAUGCUAUUUCGGAAUCAGAAAACACUUGCUGAAGACCAAUAGCUAUGGGAAGAACAGAAUAACUCGUGACCAAGUCCUGAAGAUGGCAGCUGCUGUUGUUCUGGCGUUCAUUAUUUGUUGGCUUCCCUUCCAUGUUUUGACCUUCCUGGAUGCUCUGGCCUGGAUGGGUGUCAUUAAUAGCUGUGAAGUUAUAGCUGUCAUUGACCUGGCACUUCCUUUUGCCAUCCUCCUGGGAUUUGCUAACAGCUGCGUUAAUCCCUUUUUGUAUUGCUUUGUUGGAAACCGGUUCCAACAGAAGCUCCGUGAUGUGUUUAGGGUUCCAAUUACUUGGCUACAAGGCAAGAGAGAGAGUGUGUCAUGCCGUAAAAGCAGUUCUGUUAGAGAAAUGGAGACCUUUGUGUCUUCAACAUGAAUAUGGAAUUCAUGUUAUCAACAUGGCUACUUGGUUUGAGGUCCCCUUGGAAUUAUCUUUUUAAUGGCUUUAGUAAAAUAAGUUUUUCCUUUGAUGUAAUCUUUUCUCACUGUUGUAGAACCAGAAACCAAAGGUAACUAUGAGUUUACCUCCAGUGACUGUCAGAAAUUGCCCCUCUUUUUUUUCUGGUCUAUCAAUACAAGACUGUUAUUGGGCAGACACCAGUGACAUUGAAAUAAUUGGGGAUUUAUCUCAAAUUAUAAUUAAUAACAAAUUGUGAAUGAUAAUUUGGGGGUUCAGAUUUCUCCUUGACAAAAACUGAAUUUUUAAAUUGCUUUUUAUAUCCAUUUUCAUGAGGUUUUUCUCCUCAACCAACUUCAGUCUUUUAAUUCUUUGCAUUAUUUACAAGACAUGAUGCUAAGAGGCACUAUACUUGUAAAUGAAGUAUACUACAACAGACUGGUACCACAUUAUUCAGGCUCCAGGCAUAUGCUUUCUACUUUAAAAAAUAUUAUAAAUAUACAGAGAGCUGUAACUGAACAACAAUAAAAUAAUUUUAAAAAAUAAAAAAUAAAACAAAAACAACAAAAAUAUUAUAAAUAAUAAUUCUUUUACAUUUUACUUGAGCAUAGAUUUAUAUUUCAUAUAGCUACAUAUUGAGUAGGGCUAGGAAUAUACAUUAGAUCACACAUACUUCUUUCUAUGUUUUAUCUUAUUUUUUCAGUUAUGGAAAGUAAAAU